AUGUAUGGACGGCCCAGUCCAGAGGAGGAAGUGGUUCAGCCUGACGAGCCUGACCCCAAUGAGGAUGACGAAGCCUACCAGAGCGACCCAGAGGCAGACCGGGACCGGGUGACUACUGACCCGGCCCACAUAAACCUUACCACGGAGGAAACCACCACUGCUUACCCUCCGGCCUUUGAGGAUGCCUGUAGCCCCAACCCGCUGCCUGGAUUCCAGCAGCCGGAAAACUUCUGUUCUCUGCUUGUGGAGAUUGGCAAGACUGAGAAUAAGCUGAGCCUGAUGACAGGGCAAAGGAACAGGCUCGUCGCCGCAUGGCACGCUGUAAUGGAACAUGACAAGCAACCACAGAAGUUUCAUCAUCUGUACAGAACACAAUGGGGUAACACGUUGUAUUGCCACACAAAGAGGGACGAUCAUGCUGAUGCUGCUGUGAUUCAGCGGGUCAAGAUGGCCAAACGCUACGCACCGGCUCAGCAGGACAUCAGCACUCAGCAAAACCGACUAAUGUACACACUGGUCAAACUUCUUUGGCUGGGCUUACCUCAAAGAUCCAAAGCAAGCCCAGAAAAAACACCCAUUCUGAAAGCCUAUGAGAGAAUUCAGCACCGCAUAUUGUUAUUGGAUCCAGUGCUGAGUAAAGUGGGUAUUCCUCUACCAAAAAUUAACAUCAAGACGGUAAGGGAUUUCAUCCGUCGUCAAGAGAGGCUCAUCAACCUGCAGUCAACAAAACCGCCAUCAGCCACAAUAUCAAAGACUUCGUCUGUCUCCUCAAAAGACUUACCUCCAGGAACACAUCAACCAUUGGUUCUCCCUCCACCUGUCUAUCAACAAAUUGUGUAUUAACACGUUCCCAGCAAAGCAGGCACCAAGGUCUUAAAAGAACGAUCAGACAUGGUAAUGUCAGCUCCUAAAAACCUCGUCCCGGGUAAUGCCAGCUAUGUCUAUCGUCUUCAGACCUCAACCAAGAAUCACUUCAUCCACUGCUCCUACACAAGUGAUUCCGGCUACGUCCACCAGCACCACACCCUUGACAGUGUCUUCUGGCCCCACUGACACACCACAGAGUAUUGACACCCCCUCAGCCUGGUCCAGAGCUACAGUGUACAAAAGAAAAAGCACAGACAGUCCUACUCAAGUUGGAAACAAACCAUCACGUGUACAUAACUUGCCUGUUUGUACGCUUUGCCAACAACCCACUCAGGGACACGAAAAAUAUUUUAAAAAAAAUUGUCCCGUGAAAAUGAUGUCGACCUCCAAAGGAUUGGACAACAGAGUGUUCACCAGCUAUGAACACUGUUCCACAGUUGUAGACUCACAAAAGUGAGGUUUGGUUUUCUGUUGUGAGAUAAGAACACCGUUUUUAUUUCAUGUAACUGCAGUUUAUACUGACUAUUGUUCAUUUUAUAAAGUUUAUAUGUGUGUCUGCUGGUUCUUUUUAAAAAGGAACAAUAUAUUGGAUAUUGUAUAUAUUGCCUUUAAUAUAUAUUUUCUAUAUCACGUAUCUAUUUUAUACUUGAUGUAUCUGUGAUGCUUGUCUUGAAUAUGGCAUUUUAUUUCA